AAAUCAUCAAACAGACAUUUGUUUUUUUUCCCCAGUGAAAAUAUUUGUGUAUCCUCGAGCGUUUUUAAAAAAAUAAUGUCAUCUUUUAUCGAAAUAAUAUUAAUAGUGCUAAUUAUGUACGAGGCUCGCGAGUGUUUGAAGAAAAUUAAUUCUCGGCGGCGGGAGUGGGUAAGACCUCUUUACUUAAGUCGCGACAUUGAUGGACUAUUUGUAACCAGUUUUGACGAAAUGUACAAAAAUGACCCGGAGCAGUUCAAAACUACGGUGAGGAUGACUAAGGAGGUGUUUGAUUUGCUCUUUGGGCUCGUGAAGGAACGCCUCAUAAAGUAUUCAAACAGGCCGUCAAUUUCUGCAGAAAUGAGACUAUUCUUAACAUUGAAUUUCCUAGCACACGGGGGAACUCAGCAUUUGUACGCUACAGCGUAUAAAAUGGGUCGCUCCACAGUCAAUAAAAUAAUUUUGGAAACCUGCGAAGCGCUUUGGAGUGAACUUGACAGUGUAUAUUUGUCUGUGCCAAAAAGGCACGAGUGGAAACGUAUAUCCCAUGACAUCAACACUAUUUGA